AUCGCCACGGCCGACAUGGACCACGCCCAGCUGGAGGCCUUUCUCACCGCCCAGACUAGGAAGCAGGGGGCGGGCGGCGCUGACCCCGAGCAGGCCGCCGCCCUCGCUCGCUUCUGGAAGAGCCACCGUGUCCGCGUGAGGGAGAGCCUGCUGUCCCACAGCCGCUGGGAGCCUGGACUCAGGGGUCUGUCCUGGAGGGUGGACCUCCAGACGGCGGCCGGCAGAGGCCCCCUGGCUCUGAUGGAGAUGGAGCUGGGCGGUAGUGGCGGCCAGGACUCACAGUUUGUGUGUGUGGAGAUGGACGAGGACAAGGUCCAUGAGGUGCUCAAGAAGAUGGCCGACGUCCAGGCCAGCAUUGACGCCAUCCUUCAGCGCACCUGACUCGCCCGUUUAGACCGCCUAGUCCUGACUAAGCCAGACUCAUAUGUGACGAUUCCAGAGACAAUGCAGAGCCUCGCUGACCAUUCCCCAACCUUGAAGACCUGGACAACCUGAGAACAAAAACUAUUGAGACCAGCUCCGUGGUUGUUGUUGUUGUCAUGUGACUUCAGUAAACAUCUACAGCCUGUUUGUGUGACAGCUGGCUGUUAGCAUUAGCCACCAUAGCACCCUGACCUCCAAGAGCGCUCACCACAACACCCGGCAGCAGCAAGGUGGGUGAAGUGUUUUGCCCAAGGACACGUCGGCCGUGACCAGGAUGACAGAAGCUGGAUACGA